AUUGAAAUAUGCGCAUGCCCAGAUCACUGUGUGAGCCAAAAGAAAGCUACUGUGUGCGAGAGAGAAGUUCAGGGGUCAGAAAUUUGCAGAGAGGCCAUGGCUUCCUGCUCGCUGCUUUUCUCUCUAGGUUUCACAACAACGAAACCCAAAUCCUUGUUUUUGAACCGCCGCACUAUCACCAAAUUCAGCCCCAACAGCAAGUGUUUGUCUACCAAGAAAACCCCAACAAGCUUUCAGACUUCCAUUAAAUCUUUUCACAGAGAUCAAGCUCAGCCUCACCCAACAAAACCCAAUUUGAGCAUGCAGGAUUUAUUUAGUUUUGCAACCAGUCUUUACCCCGUUUAUGUUACAGUCGGUGGUGUUAUUGCCUGCGUGAAACCUUCCGCCUUUUCAUGGUUUGUACGGAGAGGGCCUGCUUCGUAUAGCUUCUCCUUGGGCUUCAUUAUGUUAGCCAUGGGCUUGACUCUUGAGCUCAGUGACUUCGUCUGUCUCUUUAUGCAAAGGCCCUUAUCGAUACUGUUUGGUUGCAUUGCACAAUACUCAAUUAUGCCCAGCUUUGGGGCACUUAUUGCUAAAUCCAUGGGGCUUUCACCUGCUCUAUCUGUGGGUCUGAUUUUGCUCUCAUGUUGCCCUGGGGGAACUGCAUCUAAUGUGGUGACUUUGAUUGCUCAAGGGGAUGUGCCAUUAUCGGUCAUGAUGACAGUUUGUACCACUCUGGGUGCAGCCCUACUCACUCCUCUCUUGACCAAGGUUUUGGCUGGGGCCGUAAUACCUAUAGAUGCAGCUAAGCUGUCCAUUAGCACUAUACAGGCUGUUGUUCUACCCAUUCUUCUCGGUUCCUCUCUGCAGAGGAUUUUUCCAGAGUUUGUGAAAGUUGUUGUACCUUUUUGCCCUCUUCUCGCAGUGUUGGUUUCAUCCUUGCUUGCAAGCAGUGUGUUCUCAGAAAAUGUCAUUCGACUCGGACCCUCGAUACUUGGUGCGAAACAAGGCAUAGAUUCAUCUCUGCCAUCAGGAAUCCAUAAUAUCUUAUCAGGAGAACUGGCGCAUGUGAUGUGGUCUGUUUUGUUGCUGCAUUUUGCAGGUUUCUUUGUGGGGAACCUAGCAUCAAGCAUAUGCAGGUUCAGAGAACCAGAGCGCCGAGCAAUUUCAAUUGAGGUUGGGAUGCAAAAUUCGGCUUUGGGGGUUGUUUUGGCGACCUCCCAUUUUACAUCCCCCCUUGUUGCUUUACCUUCAGCACUAUCUGCUGUGAUUAUGAAUGUAAUGGGGAGCAGUCUGGGACUCAUUUGGAGACAUGUUGAUCUCGAGGUCACUGAAGAAGAUGAAAAAGCAUAAACCAGAAAUGGCAUUUCUCACAUUUAGGUUUUUUUGUGACAUUUUCUACUGCAAAAUCUAUUCAAAUAUUGGAAUGACAGUUAUGUCUUUAUUGUCUGCACAUUUGCAACUGAAAAUUAUCAAUCAAGGGAUAUCUCUGUCCUACUCAGGUUAAGUUC